UAGGUUGUCAGUGGCCUCUAUAAACCCAACUAACAACAACAAGCAACACGUUAGAUAAGAAUCAAGUGUUUAGAAACUACACAUACUUCGAAGAAAUUAUACGUAUCAUAAAAAAAACUUUCAUAUCCCUAAGAAGAAGCUGAGGGUAUUCCAAAAAAGAACAAUGCUGUUGAAAACCAGUCGAUUUUUUCUUCGAACUGGGAGUCCAAAUAUUCCCACCAGCAAAGUAAAUCGGUAUUUAAGAACACAUUGUGCAACUUUACUUCCGAGAGGAUAUACGAAUUAUGAUCACAGACACAGUGAAAGGAUUCCUGAAGUCCAGCAUCCUAACAGGAGUCCUAGGGUGCAUAAGGACUCACGCUCCAUAGAUAGCGUUGACAGUGUUGUCCUGAAAUAUACAAAUAUAAUCAAUGAAAUACGUAAUGUUGAGCCGAGCAGUAGCAAAGUACAUUUAACCAAUUUUGGUAAUAUUCGCUUUGAUAAUGAAAAUGUGCCUGAAGUACAUGGCCAAUAUGACAGCAUUUAUGGCCCUGUAAUGCCAGUCGGAUUACAGGAAAUGUUAUCAAGUAAAGAUGGUAAGAAAAGUCAAGCUGAAGAUGAAACUAAUGCUACAGAAUAUAAUGCUGAUUAUGAAGAUAUACCAUAUGUUUCCCAUUUAUCUGUUCCCAUAUUACAGCAGUCUGGAGAACAUGCAAGACUUAAUAAACCAGAAGUAAAACAAGAGAGAGAAACACUAACUGGAACUAGUAAAGCAGUGGAAGAACAUUGUACUGAUUCUAAUUUUGUGGAUGAACUGUACUUUGGAGCAGCCGUUAAAAAUUAUUCCAAAAGUGAUGAUUCUUUGAGUACAGAAAUUAAUAUUGCACCAUCAAAUGAUACAACUGUUACUGCAGGUCUUAAUUAUAUAGACGAGUGUGUAUUUGGUGUUUCUAUAUCAAGAUUUGAUGAACAUUCUUCCUCUAGUGUAAAUGAACAUACUCACCAAUUUGCACCAAAUGAUGAUGAUAAAUAUCAGAAAACUGAAACAGAACAACAACAGGACAAUGAUAAUCUCAAUUACAUUGAUAACCAUUUUUUUAAGGAUUCACUGCAGUCCUUAUCAAAAGAAAAUUCUUCAAUCAAUAACAAAAUACAACAUACAGAGAUUAAACAAGAUACAAAAGCAUUGGCUAAGAAAGCUAAUGAAGAUAUUAUUCUUGAUUCCCCAAUAACUGUGAAUUUGGAAAACAAUAUUGAAUAUGCAAAUCUUACAUAUUUAACACAAAAGCCAAAGGAAAAUGAAGUGUUGCAUAAAUCAUAUACAAAGCAAAAUGAUAAAGUAAAGCCUAAGGUUCAGAAUAUAGAAGUUCCACCAAAAUCAGCCUUUGAUUAUAUUGUUAAAAUGAGAAAAGAUUUGCAUAAAAAGGAACAUGAUAUUCAUCCAGACAUUGUGGGUACAAAUAAGAGCUAUAAAAAAAUUUUGAGUCUAUUGAGUGUGAAGUCGAAGGAAAAUUUUACUAAAUUUGAGGUUCUUAAAACGCUGAAAAAUAGUGUGAUAUAUGAUAAAGAUGAUAUUGUUGGCUUAUACAAACCAUAUGGAAUAGCUAUGCACAGAGGAACUAGUGGUCAUCAACAUAUUCUUUCAGAUUACCUUCCUGACUUAGCAAGAUAUUUAAAAGCAGAUGAAUUGUACCCAGUACACAGGCUUGACUCUAACACCACAGGAGUGUUACUGAUGGCACGCACGCCUUCCAUGGCUGAUAUUCUGAAGAAAAUGUUUAAGGAAUGUCAGCUCAAAAAGACUUAUUGGGCUAUCACAAAAGGCAUUCCAAAUCCACUUCAAGGUGUGAUUGACAUUCCAAUAGCAGAUGGUCUGAUUGAAGGAAAACAUCGCAUGGUCCUGUCACCAGACAUAAAAGGAAUAAAAAAUCCUACAAGUAACAGCCAUUUGGCUGUCACUUCUUUUAAAGUAUUAGCAAGCAGCAACAGUGCAGCAUUUGUUGAGUUGUCACCAAUGACAGGGAUCAAGCAUCAGCUGCGUGUACAUCUUGGCUUUGGAAUGUCUUGCCCUAUUUUAGGUGAUCACAAAUACUCACACUUGAAAAAGUUGGCUCCACAGGUGAGUGUCUUCUAUAAGUUGUCUGCAUGAAGUUUCCA